CCAGGUGAAGGCUGAGGGCGCGCUGCGCACUGGGUCAGCCUGGCUCACACGGGUGACUCCCAGGAGCCAACUCCCUUCUCGCCCCCGCCCCUCGCUGAGCGGGGACGGCCAGGCCGCUCCUCCCCUGGGUGGGUCCGGGCUCCUUUUCUGGCAGGGUCUAUUUGCAUAGAGGAAACUGUCCAAAGUGGCCGCUGUGGAGGAGCUGGCGAAGGAGAAGGGGGCGUGCGCCGUGAUCCGCUACUACUCGGAGGCCAAGCCCAGCGCCGGGUCGACCUCGUGCCUCGGGCUCUCCUGUGCGCUCAUUCUGCGGUCCUAGUUCUUAGCGGUCCCAGUCGGACAGUCCCCGCGGGACGAGCGCGCCAUGAGCCUGGGCGAUUGCGCCGGUGGUGGCGGCGGCUGCGGCGACGAGGCGCAGAAGAGCAGCCCGGCUGGGAGCGGCGGCGGCCGAGGGCGCCCCGCGACGACCGUCGGGUCUCGGGCGGUGAGCGCGUUGUGCCUGCUGCUCUCCGUGGGCUCGGCGGCCGCCUGCCUGCUGCUGGGCGCCCAGGCGGCCGCGCUGCAGGGCCGAGUGUCGGCGCUCGAGGAGGAGCGUGAGCUCCUGCGGCGCUCGGGGCCGCCGGGCACCCUGGACGCCUGGGCCGAGCCGCACCUGGAGCGCCUGCUGCGGGAGAAGUUGGAUGGACUUGUCAAGCUCCGAACUGUGCGGGAAGCUCCAUCCGAGUGCAUCUGUCCCCCAGGUGCCCCUGGACGGCGUGGCAAGCCCGGAAGAAGAGGCGACCCUGGUCCUCCAGGGCAAUCAGGACGAGAUGGCUACCCGGGACCCCUGGGUCUGGAUGGCAAGCCCGGACUUCCAGGCCCCAAAGGGGAAAAGGGUGCACCAGGAGACUUUGGCCCCCGGGUAAGAAUGGAGCACCACCUCCCUCACCCACCCCACAUGGGGGAUCAAGGGCAAGAUGGAGCUACUGGGCCUCCAGGGCCCCCUGGACCACCUGGGGCCCGAGGUCCUCCUGGCGACACUGGAAAAGAUGGCCCCAGGGGACCUCAAGGCCCAGUGGGUCCCAAAGGAGAGCCUGGACAAGACGGGGAGAUGGGCCCCGAGGGACCCCCAGGGUCCAAGGGUGAGCCUGGCAUUCCAGGAAAGAAGGGGGAUGACGGGAUGCCCAGCCAGUCAGGGCUCCCUGGGCCCCCAGGGCCCAAGGGCGAGCCAGGGAAUGUGGGGCCCCAAGGAGAGAAUGGCAUGGACGGUGCCCCAGGACCUAAGGGGGAGCCUGGCCACCGAGGCACAGAUGGAGCUGCGGGGCCCCGGGGUCCCCCAGGGCUCAAGGGUGAGCAAGGAGACACUGUGGUGAUCGACUAUGACGGCAGGAUCUUGGAUGCCCUUAAGGGUCCUCCUGGACCACAGGGAGCCCCGGGGCCACCAGGGAUCCCUGGAGCCAAGGGUGAGCUUGGAUUGCCUGGCGCCCCAGGAAUCGAUGGAGAGAAGGGUCCCAAAGGACCAAAAGGAGACCCAGGAGAGCCUGGGCCAGUUGGACCCAAAGGGGAAGCAGGCGAGAUGGGCUUGUCUGGACUUCCAGGUGCUGACGGCCCCAAGGGAGAGAAGGGAGAGUCAGCAUCUGACAACCUACAGGAGAGCCUGGCCCAGGUCAUAGUGGAACCAGGGCCCCCAGGGCCCCCCGGGCCCCCCGGCCCCAUGGGCCUUCAGGGAAUCCAGGGUCCCAAGGGCUUGGAUGGAGCAAAGGGAGAGAAGGGCACAUCAGGAGAAAGAGGCCCAAGUGGUCUGCCCGGGCCAGUUGGCCCACCCGGCCUUAUUGGGCUGCCAGGAACCAAAGGAGAGAAGGGCAGACCCGGGGAGCCAGGACUAGAUGGUUUCCCUGGACCCCGGGGAGAAAAAGGUGACCGGAGUGAACGUGGAGAGAAGGGGGAACGAGGUGUUCCAGGUCGAAAAGGAGUGAAGGGCCAGAAGGGAGAGCCAGGACCACCAGGCCUCGACCAGCCAUGUCCUGUGGGUCCUGACGGGUUGCCGGUGCCUGGAUGCUGGCAUAAGUGAUCCUCAGGUCCAGCUCACAACUUGUACAGAUCCGUGUGGACAUUUUUAAUUUUUGUAAAAACAAAACAGUAAUAUAUUGAUCUUCUUUCAUGGGAUGCACCACCUGUGGCCUUGUAACAAUCGAGAGUGUGCCACCCAGUCCCAGAACCAUCAGCAGGUGAAGCCAGCAGAAAUGUGGACGAGCCAAGCCAGGGGAAUUGUGUACUCAAGGGGCAUCCGUGGGGCUUGGUUUUCCCAGGAAGGAGACGAAGGUGAAAGUGCCUGGCUCAGGUGAGGCUGGAAAGACACUGGGUUGGGCCUUCAGUCACCUGAUUAGCAAGACUCACUGCUGUCCCCUUACGCCCUGGAGGCCCCGGUCACAAUGUACCCAAGGAUGCUCAUACAGCAUCUGCAGCUGCUCUGACCUCUUCAGCCUCCAGACUCAAUCACCACCAGCUGCCCCCGGACCGUGGGUUCCCCAGAAUAGGACAAGACUCCCAUCAGCAAUUACAUUUGGACCUAGGGGACAGUCUGUGGAAAGCAUCCCAAGAAGGUCCAACCCCACCAAGUUCCAUAGGCCUCAGAAGCCAGCCUGUUGUGAGAAUAUGCAUCCUCUGGCCAUAAGCAGUAGCCAAACUCUGCAACUGCACAAUGUGGAACCAGCUGUGAGGAGCCUGUUGUCCCUGAGUGUGCAGGGAUCCCCAGAUUGCACCGGCUACCACUUCCUGUCUCUCACCACAUCACCCAUAGGGACAGGAAGGGACUUUCCUGACCCUGAAGAGAUAAACCUUCAGCUCAGAAUUUGGGUUUCACUGCCCUCAAAGUCUCCUGCUCAAAAUACUGAUCAGCCUGGCAGAAAUGGGUCUUGCAGUGAGUCUUACAUACUCAGCAACCUGCAAAGCUGGUCCCCAGCAGGCCUGAGCAGGGGGCCUAUGACCAAGUCUGCCACACUCUGAUGAAAGGCAAACCAUACCUAACAAAAGUUUCCAGUCCUAGCUAUUCACCUCUCCUCUCUGUGUAGCUGGGCAUCACUGUGUAACAAACCAUGAAUGUGUAUCUCGGUGUGCCUGUCCUUGCAGGCUGGCCCCAGGCACUUCUGGCUGAGGUUUCACCCUGGACAUUGCAAGCUGGGGAAGGAGAAAGGGACUGUUCCUGGGUUGAAGUCAUCCCAGAAACCAGAGGAGGUAGCUCAGGAUCAGGGCAGAGACUGGUGGAGAGUUAAGAACAUAGGCUCAAGGCUGGGUCUUGCCACACACCAGCAGCACCCUCAGGCUAGUCACUUCAUGUUACCAAACCCCCUGUGUGAUUCUCUGCUGCGGUUACCAGUGACUGCUGCAUAAAAAAAAAUUGCCCCGAAACUUGUUUCCUUAAAGUAUUGUCUGUUUCUGUUUCUCUCUUGCAGUUCUGAGGGUUAAUGGGGUUGGCUGGGUGGUUCUCACUGAAAGUCUCCCACAUCUGUUGGUUGAUGUUGUCCAUGAUGGUCAGAACAUCUGUCCAUGGACUUUCUGUGUGGCCUGGGCUUCCUCACAGCAUGGUGGCUAGAUUCCAAAGUGAAUGAUCCAGGUAGAAACUGUCACCUUUUAUGCCCAAGCCUCCAAAGUUAUACGGUGUUACUUUCUGCCAGAGUCAGAGGUUCACCCAAUUAGAGAAUAGAGAGGUAGACUCCACCCUUUCAAUGAGAAAAAUGUCGACAUCAUAUUUUAAGGAGAAAAUGUGGGACAGUAUAUCUUGUUGCAGUUAUCUUUGAUAAUGCCACCUACCACCUCAUCUGUAAAAGGGGACAGCAUUACGUAUCACUCAGAUAAUGGUUCAGGGAGGAUCAACUUGUGGAAUACAGGAAGAAUCUAGGACUCUGACACUCUGACACUCUGAAGCACUUGGGACUCAGAUUUUCCUCUCUUCUCCCCACUCUAAGACCAAGUGAAAGCCACAGUCUUGCAAAGCAGUUCCAUAGCUCUAAUGCCAACUGGGUCUUGUAAUAUCCCUAAGGGAAGGACCCAGCAAAUAUGCCCAUUUUACAGAGGACAAAACCAAGCACAUCCAUGGUAGAGUGUCUCCCACAUUCUUUCUCCAAGGCCUGGGGCCUAGGAGGACUACAAUAUAGGUAGUUCCCCCCACCCCAUAAGACCCACAAAUGAACGGCGUCCUUGCUAAGCACAGCAGCCCAGCCACACAUGGGGUAAGGAAGGAGAAAUAUGUCAAAUCCCCAUCUCUGUCCUCUUAAGGAGCUGGUAAUAAGUAGCAGACCAUGCUGCUUGGCCAGUCUACUGGGUCACCAGGGAAGCCAGAAGUAGGAAAAGGAGGAGAAACACAGUGAACUUGAUGACUGGUGGAGACUGCUGGGUGUCAGUGCCUCCUUUUGAGUUCCACAUCUGCACUUGACAGCAAUUCACUCCUCCCUCCACCCAAGAACCUCGCUUGAUACCAUCCCCAGCCUUGUGAGGGAUGGGGCUUAUGGAGUAGGUAACACUAUGUCCAUUUUCCAUGUGGGAAAACUGCCCAAGGAUGCACAGCCAGGAUGGAGUGGCAGGCUUGGACCCAGGCUCUUGGGUAUCCUCCAAUUUGUCUUUAGUACGGUAUGGAAUCUGCUAGGCAGCCCUGUGAUGCUGGGUGCCUGGCAGGUAGAUCUUUGUGGGGAUAGAAGCCAUGUUUUUCCCCUAGACAACCAAGGGGGUUGAUUUCCUGCCCCCAUUGGAAUGGAUGGGGCCAUUCUUGGCUCGCUGCUGCCCCCUUGUGUCCUCAUGCCUCUUAUCCUCCAGUAUGUAAACAACUGCAAACAUCAAAAUGUAGAACCUGCUGAGUCAGCUCCGCGUGAGGAAGGAGAGGCUGUGGGAAAUUGAAUGACUAGUUCAAGAUCCCAGCUGAGACACUGCAGAGCGCCUUGCCUCACCGCUGAGCCUCAAGGAACGAGAGGGGGGCUUCAGGGCUCCCUGCCAAGAAGGGCAGCUCUGCUUCAAACUAUUCCCUUGGGAAAGACAUAGAAGCACAUUUACUGAGAGCUAAACUAACCACAAGGACCACUAUACCCUUUUACAGAUGAACCUGAGGCCUGGGAGAGGUGGGCUUACCCAGAUCUACUUCCUCCUCAUCCUAUGAUACCACUAGAAACGCAGGGGAUGCUUCGGGUUGUCACAAUGAUUAGGGGCCAUUCCUGACAUUCAGUGAGCAGAGCCAGGGACAGCAAACAUUUGAAAUUCACAGGACAGUUCUGCCAACAACAAAUCAUCUCACUAAGAAUGCCAGUUGAGAAACACCAUGCCCCAGAUUCAAGUCUUGGCUCAGCCCCUUCCUCCCAUCCCAUGCCUUCUUGGCUUCCAAUGCAGCUCUGAAGGACAAGCAUGAGAUAAUGGGCAGGGGAGUUCUUAGCAUGGGGCCAGAGGCAGAAAGGAGAAGGGAGAAGGUGAAGCUAUAGAUCAUCUAGCCCAGGUAAUGUCCCAGUCUGGUGUGACCUCAACUGCAUCAGCCCCCAUCCUAGAUAUAUCCUGGGUGUAAGAUGUUAGCUGAGCCUGGCUACAGCCUUCUACACUCUACCCCAUGGUAGGAAAACCUGACUACUCUGAGCUGCCCUGGCUUAUGAAUGUGGCUGAACUUUAGGCUGUAAGACAACAGCAAAGAUGGAGAUCAGGCAGGAUUCUCUCUCUCUCUCUCUCUCCUUCUCCCUUCUUCCACCACCCCCUCCUCCCUCAACAAACACAUACGACAUUAAAAUCCAAAACUACAGGGCAUAGAGGAACAUGGGUCUCUCCAGCAAACAGGAAGAGCCAAUACAUUGAGACAACCACUGACCACAGUCCCACUCACACACACACACACAAGGGUCCUUGACCCUCAGAAAAGAAGUGCAUGCCACAAGCAAUUAACCUCUCGUGGUUAAUUUAGAAUUUUUUCAAGAAGUACAGUUACAAAUAAGAUACUUCACUCAGUUCAGGAAGAUGACAAAGUUCUGUGUAUGGAUGGUGGUGAUGGUUGUACAACAAUGGGAAUGUACUUAAUGUCACAGAAUUGUACCAUUAAAAUGGCUAAAACGGUAAAGUUUGUUAUGUAUAUUUUACCACAAUA